CUGUGCGCCAGGGUGGCGUAUCGUCGUGCUCAUACGGGUAGCGGUCACAGUCCGUGGCGUCAAUUGCGUUGGCUUGCUGGAGGUACAGGCGUUCCGCUGCUUGGUUUCGCAUUUAUGACAACUUUCAGAGAUAUGAUUGGCAUACCGCCAUUCCAACUCGACAAGGAUCCACUAAAGCACAAAAUCAAGGAAGCCUGGUUGCACAGGAAGCAUCACAGCUAUGAGAAAGCGCUGGCGGUACUCGAAGAAGCAAUGCAAAUGGCCAUUGAACGAAACAGCGAUCUCACUGUAAGCAGAAUUUUGGAUGAAAAAGCUAAUACUUAUUACGAGAUGGGCAGACUCGAUGAUGCUGAACAAGCCUUCCGUGAACUGCUGCAACGGUUAAUGAGUCUACACAAUAAGCAAGACAGCGAUCCGGAAUUCAUCGAAGUAAGCCUGAAAUUGUCGGACAUCUUCGCUCAGAAAGGCAAGCUGGAUGAUGCCGAGAUUGGUUUCAAGCACUGUGUCUUGAGACAAAUGAAAGUUGUGGAAAAGCAUAUGGCGAAAUAUUCGAUAACUUACGGAGGGGCCUACGAUGUUCCACAAGUAAUCAACCAGUACGGAGAUUUAUUCACGGAUCCCCUUGCACUGUAUGGCCUUUGUCUCGAGCAGUAUGCACAUUUCAUUGUAAGUUGUCUUUCAGUGUCUUAUUUGAAAUACCCAAUCUCACACCAGAUCUAUGGGAUAAAUUGCUUCCACACGAUCAACAUGCUCAAUAAUUAUGGUGCUUUACUGAUCACCCGAAAUCGGUAAAU